CAUGUCUCGGAGUUUUCUCUCCUUCAAUAAUUUUAUAUCUACUCCUCGAACCAGCCCAAAUGUCUCUGGCGCCUCACAUACACUGGAAACACUUUUCCAGCUUCAGCAAGUCGGUAGACAAAGCCGGUACUUGGCUUUUCUAUCGUUCAGAAGGAUGAUUUCUUCAGUUAUGAUGUACUACAAGUAUUGAAUGUCAGCUGAAUAGAUCGUAUAUCUUGCCUUACAGUCUACGGUCAUGGACCAUUCCACCACCACCAAGGUCGAAAUGGCCAUCUCUCAGGCCGUCUCGACCAUCGCAAACAGCUCUUCGGUCGCUGUCGCAGCUGCUGUGACAAGGGUAGACGAUGUCGCUCGUUCUCAGGGUUCCUCUUCGUGGCUCGGGCUCAUUGCUCGAUUAGUUCUUUUCAUACUGCAUAUCCUCUCAUCAAUAUUGUACUGGAGCCUCAAGCUUACCACAAUAUCUGUGCCAACGUUGCUUUUCACACUGUUUUCUACUACCUGGACAGUGACGAUGAACGCUACAACAUUGGCUCUGAUAUUGUUACUCAUGGCCUCUGCAGUCACCUGGGUUGUGAGAUAUCGCUACUUGAACAUGUACUCCCGCCUCCCUCCAGAGCCACAGCGCAAAGAACCCGAACUAGAUCUCUUCCCAGAAGGCCACGAUGAAGGAGCUAAACCAGGUCUCACUAAUUACUUAGACGAAUUUCUAAGUGCCAUCAAGAUUUUUGGAUACCUAGAGCGUCCUGUAUUUCACGAGUUGACUAGGAGUAUGCAGACCAGAAAGUUAAUUGCUGGAGAGACGCUAAACCUGGAGGAGGAAAAGGGGUUCUGUCUCGUCGUAGAUGGGCUUGUGGAGAUUUUUGUCAAGUCCUCUAACCCCGAUCAUUCAUCUCGAUAUGCUGCACCUCAUGGAAGUUCGAUGCCCUCUUCCUUCUCUGACGACGAACAGUCUGUCCCUGGUCAACAACGAUAUCAGCUCCUGACCGAAGUCCGAAAUGGAAAUCCUAUGUCAUCUCUUUUUUCAAUAAUGUCACUGUUCACAGAAGAUGUCAAGCUCAAGCUACCAUCGGAAGAUGCUCUAGAACCUGGCGGCAACGAUGAACAUUCUACCCAUCAGCGUUUAUCUAGUGCUACUUUUACUCAUGAAAACGACAUGCCAGUUUUCUUAACUGGGGCUACGGAUCUUGACCGGGCUCAUAGGGGGUCGGCAGUAGCCUACGAGUCCGAGGUUACUGCUCCCUCUUCUCCUAGCCAACCCACCCUACCGAAAAUCCCUCCCAUUUCCUUAGACGAUUCACCAAUGCCUCGGAAGGCCAAUCGUCCUAUUCCAAAACGGACCGCCACAUCUGUUCAUCCCGAUAUCAUCGCUAGGGCAACAGUCGAUACAACGAUUGCGAUAAUACCUGCAAGUGCAUUUCGCCGGUUAAUUCGAGUAUAUCCCAAAGCCACAGCUCAUAUAGUUCAUGUGAUCUUGUCUAGAUUUCAGCGCGUCACUCUGGCGACUGCAUAUAACUAUCUCGGCUUAACCAACGAAGUUCUUCACACAGAGAAGAAUAUGAUUCAUUACACAACUUGUCAGCUACCAAACAUACUCCGAGGUGAUGCCUUGGAACGUUUAAAGGAAAAAUUCAAGCAGGAGAGGGAGAGGGCUGGUGAAGAGGAAAGUGGCAAAGGAAUUGCUCUGCACAACGCUUCGGCGACUGCUCGCCGUCGUAGUUCGUCGACAAGUCUACGAAAGGAAGCCGCGUUGCAAGCAAUGAGUCGUGCUCGUCCUCAGUCUGUGGUGGCUUCUAUAAUCGUACCCCCACAAGAUCGUCUUUCGAUUCAUUCUCCUAGUCCAGGCGAUCUACUGGCUAAUGUCCAGAUCGCCCGCGGUGGGGGAUCGUCUGGCAACUUAGAGAUACCCGAUAUUUUUCGGAAAGCCGACGCGAGUCCUCUAGGUCAACGUGCUUUCAACCCUUUCGCGACACAGAAGCGGGCUCGUUUAUCAAUUGACCCUCGCGAAUCUGUAGACGAAGACAAUUUAUUCCGAGUAUCCGUACUAGAAUGCGUUUUCAAGGCUUUAGGCAUGAGCAGUGGAGGGUCAUCGUCCAGAGGCCCGGGAUCCACAGAAGGGUCUCCAAGGCUUGUCUCUUACGAUCAACGAAGGCAGAAGGCGGUUUUUAGUAGCAAUGCGUUUGGGUUUAUGGAUCCUUUUGACGGCGCGACAGACUGGGACGCUGAAUCGAUGACUUCUGGGGGCAUUUCUAUGAGUACCCCGAACGUACAAUUUCUUGCCUCGGAGAUGAAACAUGAUGUCGAAAUUGUAUUCUUUCGACAAGGAUCUGUAUUAGUCGAACAGGGCGAGCGAAGCCCAGGGCUUUACUAUGUCAUUGAUGGAUUCCUUGAUAUCUGUGUUCCGCUAGAGGAUUCGGGUAGUAAUAUCCUAAGUUCUUCGAGCAGGACAUCAACGACCGCAAUGCACAGGGCGGAAUCCCAGGAAGCUCGGAGGUCGUCACCCCUCGGGCCAGUCAAAGAUUCUAAUCGCACCCCUAACGGCAAACAAAGUACCAGACCGGAUCGUCGCCGUGUAGGACUCGUGAAACCAGGUGGUCUUGCAGGUUACGUCGGUACCGUCUCGUCAUAUAGGUCAUUCAUUGAUGUAGUUGCAAAGACGGAUGUAUACGUUGGCUUCAUUCCUCGGGCAACCCUAGAGAAGAUCGUGGAGAGAUAUCCCAUUGUGCUUUUGACAAUGGCAAAACGACUGACCAGCCUACUUCCAAAACUUAUUCUUCACAUCGACUUUGCCCUUGAAUGGGUACAAGUCAAUGCUGGACAAGUUCUGUUCCACAAAGACGAAGAGAGUGAGGCUAUCUAUCUCGUCCUCAACGGGAGAUUACGGCUAGUAGAAGACCGGAGGGAUGGCGGAAUGAAUGUCCGCGCAGAAUUUGGUCAAGGCGACAGUGUUGGUGAACUGGAAGUUAUGACCGAGUCCACUCGUUCGGGAACUCUACACGCCAUCCGUGCUACAGAGCUCGUCAAGUUUCCUCGUACCCUAUUCAACAGCCUUGCUCAGGAACACCCUAAUAUCACGAUCAAAAUAUCAAAGAUAAUAGCAGCACGAAUGCGACUACUUGUCGAUGAUCCAUCUAACCUCAUGGGAAAAGAGGCUACUGCUGGUACAUCAAUUAACAAGAUUUCGUCGACACUCAAUAUUAGGACCGUGGCCAUUCUUCCAGUCAGAGCUGGCAUACCUGUAGUUGAUUUCGGAAACCGCUUGAUGAAUGCUCUGACGCAAGUUGGUACGCCAAAUGGCGCCACGUCCCUCAACCAAGCCGCAAUUCUCAGCCACCUCGGUAAACAUGCGUUCAACAAAAUGGGGAAUUUGAAAUUAUCCCAUUACCUUGCCGAUUUGGAAGAGAAAUACGGGUUGGUUGUUUAUGUUGCCGACACGAGUGUGACCUCACCUUGGACCCAGACAUGUAUCACGCAAGCCGACUGUAUUCUUCUUGUAGGCCUAGCCGAAGGAUCUCCCGAAAUAGGCGAAUACGAACGAUUUAUGCUUGGUAUGAAAUCAACCGCGCGUAAAACAUUGGUUCUCCUUCACGCCGAUCGAUACUCUCCGCCCGGGUUAACAAGAGCUUGGUUGAGAAAUCGUGUUUGGAUUAAUGGCGGUCAUUAUCAUCUACAGAUGGCCUUCGAAGCGAACACUGUUUCCUCACAUCCGCCGGCACGAAAGGGUGGACCGACUCUGAAAGAGCGUGUACAAAUUCUGCAGGCUGAGAUACAGAAGUAUACAGUCCAGAAGAUACGGCAAAGGCCAUAUUACUCGCCUGACGCCCCCUAUAAGGGAGACUUCCAGAGACUUGCAAGGAGACUAUGUGGCAAGUCGAUUGGUCUUGUCCUUGGAGGGGGUGGCGCCCGGGGCAUUGCACAAGUUGGUAUAAUCAAAGCCUUGGAAGAGGCUGGUAUUCCCAUCGAUAUCGUUGGCGGCACGUCAAUCGGAUCAUUCAUCGGCGCCCUCUAUGCGCGCCAUGCUGAUAUAGUACCUAUGUUUGGUCUAGCUAAGAAGUUCGCCGGAAGGAUGGCGAGCAUGUGGCGCUUCGCACUAGAUUUGACAUAUCCGUCCGCCUCCUACACUACCGGCCACGAGUUCAACCGCGGAAUCUUCAAGACCUUUGGUAAGCACCAGAUCGAAGAUUUUUGGCUAGAAUACUAUUGCAACACUACGAAUAUCAGCAAGAGCCGACCUGAAAUCCACACCAGCGGAUAUGCCUGGCGAUAUGUACGAGCAUCCAUGUCAUUAGCCGGUCUACUUCCGCCGUUGUGCGAUGAGGGCAGCAUGCUUUUAGAUGGCGGAUACAUCGACAAUCUCACCGUCUCUCACAUGAAGUCUCUCGGUGCAUCCGUCAUUUUUGCCAUCGAUGUAGGAUCUCUGGACGAUGACACACCUCAAGGCUACGGAGACUCUCUUUCGGGUGUUUGGGCAUUCUUCAACAGGUGGAACCCCUUCUCAAGCAUUCCUAAUCCUCCUACUCUGGCCGAGAUCCAAGCUCGGUUGGCCUACGUGUCCAGUGUAGACGCCCUGGAACGGGCGAAAAUGACCCCAGGAUGCAUUUACAUGCGUCCCCCAAUUGAUGAAUACGGGACUCUAGACUUCGGGAAGUUUGAUGAGAUUUAUGGGCUGGGCUACAAGUAUGGCAAAGAGUUCCUAGACCGGCUCAAAGAAGAAGGCGUGCUUCCGUUAGUUGAGGAGACGGAAGCGAAGAAGGCAUUGAGAAGAACGAUGGCACCACGUCGUGCAAGUAUAUAAGCAUUAAUAGUAAGGGUAAUUGGUAAUAAUAUUGUCGAUGACACGUCGGCGCAUCACAUUAAGAUCA